CUUCACCAAAUAAUAGCUGUUUGUAUUUGGGCGGCCGAGGAGCCAUUUUAGAAAUAACAGCCCAGAUUUGAUGAUAAUGAAAAUACAGAAAAAAGAAAAGCAGGCGCCGGGCGCCAGGGCGCGGAGCCGCUCCCCGAUGUCGGCCGCGUGGGAGCGCAGGGCGCAGGGCCCCUUCGCCGGCUGCCCGGAGCAGGACGAGGCCGUGCCCCCGCGGGCGCCAUCACCCGCCGCAGCCACGGGCGAGCAGUGCCGCUGCCCCGAGGCCGAGCCCCACGGCGCGGGCCUGCGGCGGCCGGGCGCCCACAACGGCACGCAGGACAGCGGCGGCGGCGGCACCGGCGUCAAGAAGAAACGGAAGAAAAAAGAGCCGGGAGAGCAAGACGAGGGAGAGAAAGCGGCUGCGGAGGUGAAACCAAAGAGGAGGAGAGAGCCAAAAGAACCAAAAGAGCCCAAGAAGCCCAAGGAGCCCAAGAAGCCCAAGGAGCCCAAGCAGAGGGAGGUGGCCAAGAAGCCCCGGAAGCCUCGGGAACCCAAAGCUCCCAAAGAGCCUAAAGACAAGAAGAGCGGCUCUGAGCCCGCCCCCAGGGCCAGGCCCAGGAAGAGCAGCAAGGACACUCCUGUGGAGAAGAAGAAGAAAGGGAAGAGGAAAAAUGAGAUUGCAGCAGACGGUUUGGAUUUGGAUCAGGACGUGCUCAGCCCAGUGCAGAGCCCAGAGGAGUCUGCGGAGUCGGCCGACAGCCAGAAGCGCCGCUCGGGCCGGCAGGUGAAGAGGAGGAAGUACAACGAGGACCUGGAUUUCAAGGUGGUGGACGACGACGGCGAGACCAUCGCGGUGCUGGGCGCCGGGCGAACCUCCGCGCUCUCGGCCUCCACCCUGGCCUGGCAGGCAGAGGAGCCUCCAGAGGAUGAUGCCAAUAUCAUCGAGAAGAUCCUUGCCUCCAGGAUGGUGCAGAAGGAGGCUCACCCCGGGGGCCUGGCGCUGGAGAUGGAGGAGUUCUACGUCAAGUACCGGAACUUCUCCUACCUCCACUGUAAGUGGGCAACUCUGGAGGAGCUGGAGAAGGACCCCAGGAUCUCCCAGAAGAUAAAGCGCUUCCGGAACAAGCAGGCUCAGAUGAAGCAUAUUUUUACAGAGCCUGAUGAGGAUUUGUUCAACCCAGACUACGUGGAGGUGGAUCGGAUUCUGGAGGUGGCUCACACGAAGGACCCCGACACCGGGGAGGAGGUGACUCACUACCUGGUGAAGUGGUGCUCCUUGCCCUAUGAGGAGAGCACCUGGGAGCUGGAGGAGGAUGUUGACCCAGGGAAGAUUAAAGAGUUUGAAGCCCUCCAAAUCCCUCCAGAAGUCAAGCACAUGGUAACGUACCCAGAGGAGCGCCCGGCCUCUGAGUCCUGGCAGAAGCUGGAGAAGUCCCGGGAGUAUAAGAACAGCAACCAGCUGCGGGAGUAUCAGCUGGAGGGGAUGAACUGGCUGCUCUUCAACUGGUACAACAGGAAGAACUGCAUCCUGGCUGACGAGAUGGGGCUGGGGAAGACAAUCCAGUCAAUCACCUUCCUCUCAGAGAUAUUCCUGAUGGGCAUCCACGGCCCCUUCCUCAUCAUUGCACCUCUCUCCACCAUCACCAACUGGGAGAGGGAGUUCCGCACCUGGACGGAGAUGAACGCCAUCGUGUACCACGGCAGCCAGAUCAGCAGGCAGAUGAUCCAGCAGUAUGAGAUGGUGUACAGGGACACACAGGGUAACCCUCUCCCUGGGAUCUUCAAGUUCCAGGUGGUUAUCACCACCUUUGAGAUGAUCCUUGCUGACUGCCCCGAGCUGAAGAAGAUCCAGUGGCGCUGCGUGGUCAUUGAUGAGGCACAUCGCCUGAAGAACAGGAACUGCAAGCUCCUGGAGGGGCUGAAGCUCAUGGCCCUGGAGCACAAGGUGCUGCUGACAGGGACACCCCUGCAGAACUCAGUGGAGGAGCUCUUCAGCCUGCUGAAUUUCCUGGAGCCACAGCAGUUUCCCUCAGAGACAGCUUUCCUGGAGGAGUUUGGAGACCUGAAGACAGAGGAGCAGGUGAAGAAGCUGCAGUCUCUCCUGAAGCCCAUGAUGCUGCGGCGCCUGAAGGAUGACGUGGAGAAGAACCUGGCCCCUAAGCAGGAGACCAUCAUUGAGGUGGAGCUGACCAACAUCCAGAAGAAGUACUACCGGGCCAUCCUGGAGAAGAACUUCUCCUUCCUCUCCAAGGGUGCCAACCAGCACAACAUGCCCAACCUCAUCAACACCAUGAUGGAGCUGCGCAAGUGCUGCAACCACCCCUAUCUCAUCAACGGGGCAGAGGAGAAGAUCCUGGAGGACUUCCGUAAGACACACAGCCCCGAGGCAGCGGACUUCCAGCUGCAGGCCAUGAUCCAGGCGGCGGGGAAGCUGGUGCUCAUCGACAAGCUGCUGCCCAAGCUCAUCGCCGGCGGGCACAAGGUGCUCAUCUUCUCCCAGAUGGUGCGCUGCCUUGACAUCCUGGAGGACUACCUCAUCCAGAGACGGUACACGUACGAGCGCAUCGACGGGCGGGUGCGCGGGAACCUGCGGCAGGCAGCCAUCGACCGCUUCUGCAAGCCCGACUCUGACCGCUUCGUGUUCCUGCUGUGCACACGGGCCGGGGGGCUGGGCAUCAACCUCACUGCUGCCGACACCUGCAUCAUCUUCGACUCCGACUGGAACCCCCAGAACGACCUGCAGGCCCAGGCUCGCUGCCACCGCAUCGGGCAGAGCAAGGCGGUGAAGGUCUAUCGACUCAUCACCAGGAACUCCUACGAGCGGGAGAUGUUUGACAAGGCCAGCCUGAAGCUGGGCCUGGACAAGGCCGUGCUGCAGGACAUCAACCGCAAGGGCAGCACCAACGGGGUGCAGCAGCUGUCCAAGGUGGAGGUGGAGGACCUGCUGCGGAAGGGCGCGUACGGCGCGCUCAUGGACGAGGAGGACGAAGGCUCCAAGUUCUGUGAGGAGGACAUUGACCAGAUCCUGCAGCGCAGGACGCAGACCAUCACCAUCCAGUCUGAGGGGAAGGGCUCCACCUUUGCCAAGGCCAGCUUUGUAGCAUCAGGAAACAGAACAGACAUCUCCUUAGAUGACCCCAACUUCUGGCAGAAGUGGGCCAAGAUAGCAGAGCUUGAUACAGACGCCAAGAACGAAAAGGAGAGCCUGGUCAUCGACAGGCCCCGGGUGAGGAAGCAAACCAAGCACUACAACUCGUUUGAGGAGGACGAGCUGAUGGAGUUCUCGGAGCUGGACAGUGACUCUGACGAGCGACCCACGCGCUCGCGGCGCUUCAACGAGAAGACGCGGCGGUACCUGCGGGCAGAGUGCUUCAGGGUGGAGAAGAACCUGCUCAUCUUCGGCUGGGGACGCUGGAAAGAUAUCCUGACCCACGGGCGAUUCAAGUGGCACCUGAACGAGAAGGACAUGGAGAUGAUUUGCCGGGCCCUGCUGGUCUACUGUGUCAAACACUACAAGGGGGAUGAGAAGAUUAAGAGUUUUAUCUGGGACCUCAUCACACCCACAAAGGAUGGCCAGAACCAGGCUCUGCAGAAUCACUCAGGCUUGUCAGCACCAGUGCCCAGAGGCAGGAAGGGAAAGAAGACAAAGAACCAGAUGCUGCUCCCUGAGAUAAAGAAUGCGGACUGGCUGGCCACCUGCAACCCUGAGGUCGUGCUGCAUGACGACAGCUACAAGAAGCACCUCAAACAGCACUGCAACAAGGUUCUGCUGCGGGUGCGAAUGCUCUACUACCUGAAGGCUGAAGUGCUGGGGGAGGCUGCGGACAAGGCCUUCGAGGGCACCCCUGCCAGGGAGCUGGACGUGCUGCUGCCGGACAUCGACUACGUGGAGAUCCCGGUGGACUGGUGGAAUGCCGAGGCCGAUAAGUCCCUUCUCAUCGGCGUCUUCAAGCACGGUUACGAGCGGUACAACGCCAUGAGGGCCGACCCCGCGCUCUGCUUCCUGGAGAAGGUGGGCAUGCCCGAUGAGAAGCUGCUCUCUGCCGAGCAGGGCAUCCCUGACGGCGCCCAGGACGCUGCUGAGAGGGGCAGUGUGGAAAAGGAAGAGAAUGGUGGAGAAAAGCUGGAGGGGCUGCCAAAGCAAGAGGACGUUGUGGCUGCCGGGGCGGGCGAAGGCGGCGAGAAGCGGGAGGAGGCAGCGGCAGCCCAGGAUGGCUCCGACUCAGACAGAUCCUGCUGGCCUGUCUCAUCUGCUCUCACAGCCAGACUGCGGAGGCUCGUCACCGUCUACCAGCGCUGCAACCGCAAAGAGCUGCCCCCCCGAGCAGAGAUGCUGGUGCCCGGUAACCAUGGAUACUGGCUGCAGGACGAGAUGUUCAGGAGAGCCUCUGAGAUGGACUCAGUGAACAAAGAAAUGCAGAAAAGGUGGACCAGGAGGGAGCAGGCAGAUUUCUACCGCACUGUCUCCUCCUUUGGGGUUAUCUAUGACCAGGAGAAAAAGAUCUUUGACUGGGCCCAGUUCCGAGCCAUCUCUCGACUGGAGAAGAAGACAGAUGAGAGCCUGGAGAAGUACUACUACAGCUUUGUGGCCAUGUGCAAGAAUGUCUGUGGUCUCCCACUGUGGAAAGAGGAUGGUGCCCCUGACCCCGACAUCUUGGUGGAGCCCAUCCCGGAGGAGCGGGCGGCCCGCACGCUGUACCGCAUCGAGCUGCUGCGCAAGGUGCGCGAGCAGGUGCUGAGGUGCCCGCAGCUGCAGGAGCGGCUCCGGCUCUGCCGGCCCAGCCUCUACCUGCCCGUCUGGUGGGAGUGCGGCAAGCACGACCGGGACCUGCUCAUCGGCACGGCCAAGCACGGCCUCAACCGCACCGACUACUACAUCAUGAACGACCCGCAGCUCUCGUUCCUGGACGCCUACAGGAACUACGCGCGGCACAAACGGGCGGCGCUGCCGGGCGCGGACUCCCUGUGCUGCCUCUACCAGACCAGCUCCAAGCUCUACGGCUCCCCUCUGUACGGGCGAGCGGAGCGGAGCUGCGAAGGCCUGGACGGCGAGGCCGAGAGCCAGCCCAAGCUGGAGGCCGCGGAGAGCAGCGUGGGCCAGGCUGGGGGCAGCCCGCCGCACUCUGACGCCUUCAUGUGCAAAGUGCGGGACGUGAUGUCCGGCAGCUACGACGAGAGCUCGCUGCCCGAGCCGCUGGUGUGCAUGGUGUACGAGGAGAAGGGCUGCGGCAGCGAGCGGAGCUCCCUCGCCAGGGACAGCCCGGCCUGCCCAGACGUCGGGAGCAGCGCUGCCAGACUCCCCAAGGGCAAGCUGGAGGGGGACGAGGACCCGUCCAGCUGCGAGGCGGACGCGCUGAGAGAGCCGCCCUUCCUCGAGGCGUUGCGGGUGGGCUGCGAGCGGGUGGAUGCUCAGAACGAGGAAGCCGAGCCGUCACCCUGCACCCCUGAGAGCGACCCGGCACACGGCGUCCCGGCGGAGCUCUGCCCGGCCUUGCAGCGGCAGGGGGAGCUCAGCAGCCCGGCCCCGGCGCUGCCCCAGCGGGGCGCCGUGGAAGGGAUCAUAGGCGUGGGGCUCUACGGCCCCACUCUUCAUAACUAUGACGUGAAGGUUCCUCCUGAGCAGAGGUUCAUCAACCUGCUGCAGGAAAAAGGAGUGGAGGCCAAGUCGGGGCCAAGUCAGAGCCACAGCGAGGAGGAUGAGGAAGAAGAGGAGGAUGACGAUAACUCCGAGAUGGCAGCAGAUGUUGUGGAAGGCUUGAGUGGUGCCAGGGGCAGGGGCAGCUGUGACCCUGAGACUCACGAGCUGGGAGGUGAGGAGCAGAGCUCUGGCCUCCCCACGCCCGAGGACAGUUGCCCAGAAGACGUGAAUGGCGAGAGAGAGUCCCUGGGGCUGCGGACACCUGAAGGGCUGGGGGAGCCCGGGCCAGAGGGCAAGGAGGAGCAUGGCCUGGAUGAGGAGAGCAGCCUGCAGCACUCCCCCUGCCAGGCUGGCAGCCAGGCCUUCAGCCUGUCCACACCUCUCCUGGGGACCCCGGGGGCAGAGCCCAGCCAUGCCCAGGGGGAGCCCUGGGGCCAGGGGGCCGAGGGGCCGACCGGCUGCCGAGAUGCCCUGCGCCCUGAGUCUCUGGAGGUGAAGCAAGAAGAGAAUGAGAACAGAGAUGAGGGGGAGAAAGCCAACAGCAGCCAGAGUCAAGAUGGUCCAGACAAGUACUUAGAGGAGGAGAGCAAAGGUUCUGCCUCUGUCCUGCCCGGGGAGAUGGAUGACCUUCAGGAUGCCCGGGCACCAACCAUAGCCCAGCUGCUGCAGGAGAAGACGCUUUACUCCUUCUCUGAGUGGCCCAAGGACCGUGUCAUCAUCAACCGCAUCGACAACAUCUGCCACGCCAUCCUGAAGGGCAAGUGGCCGUCCUCCAGCCAGCAGUUGGAGGCGCAGAGCCUGCUGGCAGCCCCGGCCAUGGCCAGCAGCACCGGCAGCAGGAGCGGCUUCGCCGAGUCGGACGGGGCCGACCCCACCUUCAGCAACGGCGUGUUGAUCUCGCAGGAAGGUUUCCUGCCCCCCACCUUUGUGAAGGAGGAGCGGAAGCGCAGGAGGCCCUACGAGUUCGAGAUGGAGAGGGAUGCCAAGCAGAGGAGCCUGGAGCAGCUGGCAGCUCCCCACGUGCACCCCCCGCUCGUGCUGAACGGCUGGCGCGACGCCGCCGUGGACUUGUCCAGAGCUUCCGAGGGCUCCCCGGGGAGCUCCUCUCCUUUUCCCCUCAACACAAACAUCCCCAAACUGGGGACUGUGAACACCCUGCAGGGCUCCCUGGGCAUGGACUUGUCUGGCAUCCUCCAGGCAGGGCUGAUCCACCCUGUCACAGGACAGAUUGUCAACAGCAGCCUCCGGAGAGACGAUGCUGCCAUGAGGAGGAGACGGGGCAGGAGAAAAAAUGUCGAAGGGAUGGACCUCAUCUUCCUGAAGGAGAGGCCUCUUCCAACCAGGCUGCAGGACGUCCAGGAGGAGCAACCACAGCCCCCCCAGAGCAGUCCCCUCCCCGACGGGCCGGCGGCCGCUCCCUCAGCGCCGCAGCCGGCGCCAGCUGCAGGCAGCCAGGCUGAGAAGCCCGUCCCGAACAAGAGCCUCCUCGACUGGCUCCGGCAGCAGUCCGACUACACGCUGGACGUCCCUGGCUUUGGCACAAAUUUUUCAGACAAGCCCAAGCAGAGGAGGCAACGCUGCAAGGACCCCAGCAAAUUGGACAUUAGCUCACUCACGGGAGAGGAGCGGGUGCCUGUGGUACAUAAGGGUACCGGACGGCGGUUAGGGGGAGCCACGGCACCAGCAUUGAAGGAAUUGCCAAGGUGGCUUGAUGCAAACUUGGAGUAUGCUGUUGCAGCUGACUGGGCUGACAUUGUUAAGCUUUCAGGCUACCUCCCAGAGAGCAAGUUCAACCGCGUCCUGAGCGAGCCCGUGCUGCGGGACGCCGGGCCGCGCCGCCGGGGCAGGAGGCCCCGCAGCGAGCUCAUCAAAGGCCCCGGCGGCGUGGCGGAUUCUUCCUCCGGAAUGGGACCACUGUUCAUGAACGGGCUGAUCGCUGGGAUGGAUCUAGUAGGGCUUCAGAACAUGAGAAACAUGCAGGGGAUCCCCCUGACCGGGCUGGUGGGGUUUCCCGCCGGCUUCGCGGCGGUGCCCGCCAGCGAGGACGUGAAGAGCACCCUGAGCAUGCUGCCCAUGAUGCUGCCGGGCAUGGCCACCGUCCCCCAGAUGUUUGGCGUCGGAGGACUCCUCAACCCCCCCAUGACGACAACUUGUACCGCGACCGCCCCGGCCUCGCUAACGAGCACAACGAAAAGCGGCGCGGCCGGCGCGGAGAAAGCGGCUGAGGACAAACAGGGCAGCCAGGACGGGACAAAAGAAACUCUCUCGGAAGAGAAGCCGGGCCCUAGUUCGUUUUCUAAUCAGACAGAAUCCGCAAUAACUACCAGUAGUCCUGUAGCUUUUAACCCGUUUCUUAUCCCAGGGAUGUCUCCUGGACUGAUCUAUCCCUCGAUGUUCCUGUCGCCCGGCAUCGGCAUGGCGCUGCCCGGCAUGCAGCAGCCCAGGCACGCUGAGGCGGCCGCCCUCGAGAGCCAGAAGCGCAAGAGGAAGAAAGCGAAAGGGGAACCGGCAAACCCCGAGCCAGAGACUGUCCCGCUGCCGGAGAAAGAAGCUGCAGACAGCCCAAACUGUACAGAGCAGCCGGCAGAGAGCGAGCGGGCCGGAGCGGCCGAGGAGCCGCGCGCCGCCGCGCACCAAGCCCAGUAGGACUUGUGUUCCAUUGGGGGAAAACACAUAACAAACCCACGGGAAGAUUGUGGCUUGUGAGUUUCUUAUCCCAUGAACUCUUUGUUACUUCCCCUCCUGGCCCCGCUCCACCUUCAUCAACCUGUGUUUCCAUGAGUAAUAUUCUCUCCCCAGUUCCCGGUCAGAAAGAACCCCACAAGCUCUGGUGACAUACUCCAUGUUCAUAGUCGCAGGGUCUCGCCACUUUAUUAGAUAAACAGUGUUGUCUAGCUAGGAUGGGAGGCACCGAAGGCUCGUUCUGUUGUUCCAGCCCUUCAUCCCAAAUCCAGUUCUGGGUCACCUGCCCCUCCCAGCCCUGGUUGCUCACUCCCUUGAGAAGAAAAAGCAGCAAAACAAACCCCACCCAAAACAAACACGAGCAAAAGCAAAGUCCUCGGCUCUUGGUCUCCACACAGACAGGGGCAUUUCUGUCUGCAGCGACGCUGAAGGAAAAGGCCUGUAUCUGGGGGUAGAAAGCACAGCUAUAGGAGGUGCUUCUGUGUAUUUUUGAUUUCAAGUAUUUCCCUAUUUUAUCAUGGUUACUAGAGUAGUAGUGUAGGCAGAAGUAUAUAGCUAAUGAUUGAGAAUAUAUUCAUUUCUUUGAAAGGAAGAAGCAUAAGUGGUAGUGCUACGGUUGGCUCCACCGCCCCCACCUCAGAGGUUUGGAGACCAACUGCAGCGAGUGAAAACACAGCAUAGACACCCUUUGGGAUGUCUGAGAACCCAGGUUUGGUUUUGUGUUGAGUAGAGUUUAGUUGCCCUUUCCUCAGUAGCUACAAGCACUUUUCAGCUCGAGCUGGAAGGGUUUUGCACACCUUGCAUGGCGUUUUGGUUUUGGGAUUACCGUACCUGUUGUACAUACCAGUUUCUUCAUCGUCCCGCUCGCCUUCAGUUGUCCCCCAUGGCGUUAGUUCUCCUCUGCGGUGUCACAAGUGCUGUGAAGGUGUUUCUUUCCAGCCAUGAGCAGACCACACUGAUUUUUACGCUCCUGCACGUGAACACUGAGGCUUUUUGAGUUCAUGUACUUUCCACUCCUUACCCCAGAAGCAAAACACCCUUUCAGCAACCCGGGACAAGGCUGUAGGCCAGCUCUCCUGUUCGGGGAGUCCCCCCAGAAGGACUGCUGAGACUUUCAGAGCCCAAGUUUCUUCUUCUCUAGCAUUAGACUGUGAAGAGAUGACCUUGGCUGCUUCUUUCCAUUCCGUUUGCUGUUGAACAGUGUAUCCGAGCCCCUGCCCACCCCCAGCCUCCCCCCUCGGGAAACGCUCUUGCGGUCUGCAGUCUCAGAUGGACAGGUUUGUGCCCACCAGCCCCCUCAGCUCCGGGUGCUGAGACUCCUCCACAGGCAACUCUUCUCCUCUCUCCUUCCCCUCGCUCCUCGUUCCGUUUUUCCUUUCACUUGGGCUUGUUCUUGCUCGCAGCUCAUGGUUUGAGACUCGCAGUGCCCCGCGGCGGGGCGAGCGGCGGGCUGGCAGGGAGCUGGGACAGUGCUGGGAGUCGGUUUCACACUCGGUUGUCACAAUUUACUGUAUUUUUUACUUAUUUUCUGUUACAGUCGUGCUAAUUUAUCAGAUGGUCCAAAUGUUUUGACAUAACUGUUUCAGUUUGCAUUAUUUAUUUAUGAUGCUUUUGUUUGUUUUUGGUCAUUGUCUUUUAUACCGUUGGGACUAUAAAUUAUGGACGUGUUCAAACCACCAUCUCAAAGCAGUCUGUUACCCGUGGGCUGAAAAGCAUUUGGUCUCCUCACGGAGUUUGUUCCCAGUUCACUGGGUUGGAUGGGGUUUGGUUCUUUUUUUGUUUCCUCAAGUAUGUAACCAGUGAUAACACAACACCCCCCCCCAGAAUUAAAUGUGUUCUAUUUAAUAACCUCCUUGUAGCAUAGAUACUGUAUCACUAUCGACAGGUUUCUUAGAAAUGCUGCUAUCUCUAUUUAACUAACCUUUUGUUCAGUUUUGCCUCCAGUGGAAGCAGAAAAAGGGUUUUUUCAGCUGUUAAAUCCAAAAUCAAUAUAAUUUAUUUAUGUAAAAAAAAAAAAGCAAAUCAGGAUUGAUAUAUUUUUGAACCUUUUAAGUACUAACUUUCUUUUUAUUCAGUAGAAGAACAUGUACUUGCCCUAAAUCCUUAAAAUACAAAUGCUAUAAAACUUCCUGUAUCUGCCAAGCCUUACUGUGAAUGGAUGCAGAGAUCUCUCCAGAGCCCCUCUCUCGGGACGGGACGGUCUCUCCAGGGUUCCACGCCUAAGGAACAGGGUUUACAGUGGAAUUUCUUUAAUUAGCCAGCAUGCUCUAUGCCUUGUUCUUCCUUCUCAGACAUGUAUGCCACGUCUCUGGGUGUUUAGGCUUCUCUUUGACCGCUACUUUGUGACCCUUUUGCAACCCGAUAUACGCUGUGGAUUAUUUAGGCUGUAAGGCGUUAAGUGGCUGCUUCUUAUUUUCCAUCUUAUCCAAAACAAAAAUGCCAAAACUUCACCGGUGUCCAUGGCUGCUCACACCCAACAUACAUCCUUCACCAAGUGUGCUAACAAAAUAAACUGUCUGUGCUCUUGAACAUGGAUAAAAAGAAAAAGAUUUAAAGGUCAGAUCUUUAUUUUUUUAAUUUAGUGACCAGAUGAUGCUUAUCUUUCAGACUUGGCAGAGCCUUGCUACACAU